CCCUAGGCAAAAAGGAUGCACUUAUUUACGGUAUUAUCCAUCUGGUUCAGUACAGACGCAAACGAUUUAGCGUUAGACGUUUACCACGUUUGAAAAAAAUGCGCUUGUGCAAACGUUUUCCUGUGUGCACGUUACUGAACGUUGGAACAUUUCCUGAAUAACAACGCGGAGGUUGCAGUCAUGAGAUUGUUAAGACUUUCGUGGCGGAAUAAAUUGACUUGCUCAAAACUACGAUGUUUUUCCACAUCGGCAGUUUUAUUCAAGACCAAGUCAGAAUACACGCACGUCAUUGUUGGGGCUGGAUCCGCUGGUUGUGUGUUGGCCAACAGGUUGAGUGAAGACCCUGAUAGAAAAGUGCUUCUACUUGAAGCUGGACCAAAAGAUCAGUUUCUCAACAGUUUUCGUUUGUCAUGGAAGAUACACAUGCCUGCUGCCCUCACCUAUAAUCUAUGUGACGACAAAUAUAACUGGUUCUACCACACCACACCUCAGAAACAUGUUAACAACCGAGUAAUGUAUUGGCCAAGGGGUAGAGUGUGGGGUGGCUCCUCAUCUCUUAAUGCGAUGGUCUACAUCAGAGGUCAUGCCUAUGACUAUGACCGUUGGGAAAGUGAGGGGGCAAAGGACUGGCGGUACGACUGUGUUCUUCCUUACUUUAAAAAAGCGCAAUCUCAUGAGCUGGGUGAAGAUACAUACAGAGGAGGAAGUGGCCCGCUUAAUGUAACUGUUGGUUCUCAGGAAAAUCCACUUUUUCAGGCUUUCAUUGAUGCAGCCCAACAGGCUGGUUAUCCAUUCACACCAGAUAUGAAUGGUUACCAGCAGGAAGGUGUUGGUCCAAUGGACAUGACAGUACAUCAGGGUAAACGAUGGAGCACAGCAUCUGCUUAUUUACGUCCAGCACUACAACGAGAAAACUUAACAACAGAGGUCAAAUGCCUUACCAACCGAAUUCUCUUCGAUGGCAACCGUGCCACUGGAGUUGAGUACAUACAGGAUGGUGAGGUGAAGCAAGUACACAGCACAAGUGAUGUAAUAAUAUGUGGAGGAGCCAUUAACUCACCGCAGCUACUAAUGUUAUCUGGCAUAGGUGAUGGAGAUGAUUUGAAGGAGCUUGACAUCCCAGUUGUUGCUCAUCUUCCAGGAGUUGGUCAAAAUUUACAAGAUCACCUUGAACUUUAUGUGCAGCACAAGUGCAAGAAACCAAUUACACUGUAUAGCGCCCAACAACCUGUCAACAUGGUGAAGAUUGGACUUGAGUGGUUAUGGAAACAAACUGGGCUUGGAUCAUCAAGUCAUUUAUCUGCUGGUGGUUUCAUCAGAAGUAGACCUGGUCUAACGCAUCCUGAUCUGCAAUUUCAUUUUUUACCAUCACAGGUAAUAGACCAUGGUAGGAAGCCAUCAGAAUGUCAUGCGUUUCAAGUCCAUGUUGGCUCCCUACGUGCAACUAGUAAAGGGUGGCUUAAACUGCAAUCAAAAGAUCCAACUGCUCAUCCCAUUAUUGAACCAAACUACCUUGAAACAGAAAUUGACCGCUGGGAACUCCGUGAGAGCGUGAAACUGACAAGGGAGAUUUUCCAACAAUCAGCAUUUGAUGAAUUCUGUGGAGAAGAACUCAGACCUGGACCUGAGACGCAAAGUGACGCUGAGUUAGAUGCUUUUGUUCGUGAAAAAUGUGACUCUGCCUACCAUCCUUCAUGUACUUGUAAGAUGGGAUCACCUGAUGAUCCUAUGGCAGUCGUGGACCCCCAAACAAAGGUAAUUGGAGUCGAGAACUUGCGUGUGAUAGAUUCGUCCAUAAUGCCCAGCGUUGUCAGUGGGAACUUGAACGCCCCUACGAUUAUGAUCGCUGAAAAAGCAGCAGACAUGAUACGUGGUAGGGAAGCACUAUGCACACCAGAUACACCCGUUUACCGCCCCGCGAAUUUGGAAACCCAGCGUUAAUCAGCAUAUCAAUUGUCCAUAAAAUUUGCUGUGUCAUGCACUGCCACUUUUUUUACACAUUUUACGGAACUGUGAUACACGUUUUAAACGUUUACCUGUGAACAAGCAUAUUUCCCAUGAAGCACAAGAGAAAAUUGUAUUGCAAUAACACUUUAUCAUAUUAUUUAAAGCAGUUUUGCAGCAUUGUGUUUUAAUAAUCCGCAAUUUCUUUAACAUCCAGCAUAUGCAGUAUAUCUAAUCUGUUUCCCUGAACAAUAUUCAAUUUUUGUACUUCGUUUAAAUUAAGCAUGUUUGCAAUAAAGCAAAUAUAUGGAACAC